CGAAAAGGUUUCAACUUCGCAGCUGGGGCAUCAUUAGUUGAUCGAUUCCUUAUCGCGGCUAUGUCAACGUCUGGCGUUCAUAGCAAUGAACCCCUGAAUAUACUUCCAACGGAGGCUGCAAAGGAAUUAAGAGAGUUCGCUGAAAAACGGUGUCUUCACUUAGCUAAAGAGCUAAAAAGACGCAGACCUAGAUUAGACGAACCAGAUGGAACGAGCGAAGCUAAACAUCACUACAACUCCUUCAAGGAAAAAUGCGCAGGGUUUCUAUCAGAACCAACUUGUAAAGAUAUCAAGUCGAUGCUCAAGUGUGCCGGAUCCUAUUCAGCAAAGAUGAAGAAAGGAGAGCAAUUCCGAAUGCCUUGGAAUCGCCAAAAAUAUAACACCGAAGUUGAGAGUGAUAAGCAAAGAAUGGAAAACUAUUGCCAGGAUGUCAUCGGUAAACGAGAGAUAACAGUAAAUUUAGCGAAUAACAUUAAAAAGGUGGGACUAUCAGCUGCCUGGUUGGCCGCGUACUCAGUUUUUGGCUCUGAAGACGAGAAAAUGCGGAUAAUCGCUCAACUGGAAGCGGAUUUUGAAAGAAUACAUGGUUACGUCAAACUGGUCAAAAUGAACUUCUUCAGGAACGAGGGGAGCAUCUUAUCACAACGGUCAAUGGUCAUUUCUGAAGGGGAAUUUAAAAACGACGGUGAUUUAGAGCAAACAAUGACGUUCUCAUUUUCAGUAACUGAAAGAGAAACAAGAUCCGCUACUCACACUGUCAACUUCAGUUAUGGCAUCGGGGCGGAUUUUAGUGCCGGCUUCCCGGGUGUAGCCGAGAUUAAUUGUCAACUCUUUUUUGACUUCUCAGACAACCAUUCUUUUCAACAAUGUAUAAGCAGAGCCAUAACGAAAUCGUACGAAUUCCCUGUGACCGUUCCUGCCCAUCAUACAUAUAUUGCUAAAGCGAUGGUACAGGAAGCUGAAAUGGAGGUUCCUUACGAGCUAGUGUUCGACUUUGGUGGCCAACGCAGAUCAAUAAGGGGCGUUUGGAAAGGAGUCGCUUGCUACAAUGUUAACUAUUCCAUUUCGCCCGCCACUGAACCUCCACCACCGCCUGCUCCACCUCCG